GUGACCUGUCCUAGCCGCAGGACAUGCUGCGCAUCGUGUAUCGUACCUUGAGAUGCGCAACAGUUUUUACCCAUUCCCUCCUAGCGUCUCACUCUCCUUCCUUAUCGUGUUAGCCUCAUCUUCCCAUGCUGCUGAUCACGGCCCUCACCAUCUCUGGCUCUCCUUGUUUCUCAUCUCCGCCAGUCCAACUCCAUGGCGCCGGCCGGUUUCUUCUGUCUUCCGUCCUGGGCUCCAUUCUCAUCGGCCCCCUUGCCGCCCCAUCCUGGAGCUAGAGGAAGCUUCCACAUCCGAAAGAAAAUACACACCUCCUGUAAGAGCACACACACGCCCUUUGUGGGAGCAAGCCCCCCUCCCAACGACGCCUUCGCAGAAUAAGGGCGCCCGCUAAGAGAUAUUGCGCCAUCCGCCUAACAAACAAGGAAACUAGGAAAAGGAGU